AUGUGGGACCAUGAAAUCAGAGCCAUGGCGUCCACUCACGCCAUCAUCGCCGCCUCGGUGUUCAUGGCCACGGUCAUCCCCGCGGUGUUCGUCCCGGGCUUCACGGUGUUCGGAACCCACCUGCUGUGGAUCUACUCGGUGUCCGGGUCCGUGGCUGCGGUCAGUGUCGCCGUCUUCUGGCUGCUCGGCAUCUCACCGCCCACGAAGAAACACUCACUGGGAUACAAGCUGUCAAAGCUGUUUCGUUCGUGUCUGUACUUCUUCCUGUCAUGCCUCUUCUUCCACACGGUGGUUGUUCUCUAUGGAGCGCCGCUGAUAGAAUCUGCUUUGGAGACAUUUUCCCUGGCGGUUUUCUUAACUUCCCUCACCACUCUGAGGUGCCUCUGUGUUCUCGGUCCCAACGUUCAGGCCUGGAUACGAGUGUUCAGCCGACACGGAGCCAUGUCUGUGUGGGACACCUGCCUGCAGAUCACAGUGGCCUGCACCCUGAUAGGAGCCUGGGUGGGAGCAUUCCCGAUCCCUCUGGACUGGGACCGGCCGUGGCAGGUUUGGCCUGUUUCCUGCAGUCUGGGCGCUAUGAUUGGUUACCUGACCGGGCUUGUUGCUGCUCCCGUGUGGAUCCAUUAUCAUCGUAAACAGCUCACAUACAAGUGCAAGUGACAGACGAACGAGCGGCUGGCUGUCUGUGUUAGUCUGAAUGUGUUCUUUAGGUCCGUUUGGAUAUUUUGCCGAUUAUUUAUUGGGGAGCGGUCGUGCUAUUUGCAAUUUAUAAAAAGAUUUUUUAAC